UACAGUAUGUGCGCACGCGCACGUUUCGAGAAGGAAAGCGUCCUGUUUAUUUGGACUCGUGUAACUAGCGACAAUGGGAGUAAUGUUCGUAACUGCAGUUUCUGCAUAUCACGAAUAUACUUCCGAUGAAUUUUUUAUGUAGAACAAUAGGCUAAACAGCGCCUCGAUUACCCGGAUAUGUCUAUUGUGUUUAAAAAUGCCAAAGGCUGGCUGGUAGACCAGUGCUCCCAUAUCGAUGACAGAUUUGAGUCCGGGGAUGAAAACGCGAGUAAACGUCGAUCCUUUAGCUGGUGCUUCAAUCGGCGGUACUUUGACACAUUGAAGCCUUACAUAAAGCCGAUCAGCGCUGACGGACUGCGGGCUGAGGGGGAAGAUGAUCCGCUGCCAAGUACUGGGUGUCAGAAACGCAAACGGAAACACACACUGCUGAACCAGGGAGAAAUUGACGCCCAGGAGUAUCACGACAAGGUUAGAUCUGUUAUUCUGGAGGGGAUCCAGCCCUUUCUGGAGAUGGGACGCACAUGCGGGUAUCUGACAGAGGCUGCGACCGAGGGACCACCUCCAUGCGCUCACGAGGACCGGCUGGCGGGCCUGUGCGACAUGGCAAAAGCGCUCCCUCUAGUGGAUGACGAUGAGAAUGCACCCGUGCAAGUUAUUGGGGAUGACCUCGGCUCCCUGGAUCACCCGGACCUGUUCACGCGGGUGACGGAAAACCCCAGUGGUCACGCCAGGGAAGUGCGGCUUAUGGGGGAGCUGUACCUGCUUCCACCACGGUGCCGAUUUCUGCUGUCUGAUAUCUCCAAGAUGCAGCCCCUGCUGCAGUGUGGGAGGAAGUUUGACGCCAUUGUCUUAGAUCCGCCGUGGGAAAACAAGUCUGUUAAGCGAAGCAAAAGGUACGGCUCCCUGCCCUCUUCUCAGCUGCGGCGGAUCCCCAUUUCCGAACUGAGUGCGCCUGGCUGCCUGGUGGCCACCUGGGUGACCAAUCGACAGCGUCAUCGGCGCUGUGUGCGUGAGGAGCUGUACCCGCUGUGGGGUGUGGAGCCGGAGGCCGAGUGGCUCUGGGUGAAGGUAACCCGCUCGGGGGAGUAUGUAUUUCCGCUCGAUUCACCCCACAAGAAACCGUACGAGGUGCUGGUUUUGGGGCGACGCGUAGGGGAAGCAGGUGGCACCCUCAGCAGCUCCUCCCAGGGGUCAGAACCCGUCCUUCCAAACCUCAAGCUGCUAGUCAGUGUGCCCUCCACCCUACAUUCUCACAAGCCUUCCCUUGCAGACGUGCUGGGAGAGUUCCUCCGCCCCGACGCCGAGUGUCUGGAGCUGUUUGCCCGCGGCCUCCAGCCAGGCUGGACCAGCUGGGGCAACGAGGUCCUGAAGUUCCAGCAUCACUCCUACUUUGAGAGGGAGCCGCCGGUGUCAGGGCCGCCCUCUGCCGCCAGCUGACAGGCCGUACACAAGGGGGCGCCGUUCUGUGCAAAAACUGGGCAGGCUUCUCCUCCCUAAUGAUGCUCAGUCUGCUGACAAGUGUACAUUGACCCUGCCACUAGGGAUACUAAUCUGGGCAGGUGGGAUGGGAGGGGGGGGGUGUUUAUAGCAUCCCAAGGGACCAUUCUGUACCAGGCUUUUGCCCCCAAUAUGUUUAAUUGAUUUUAAUCUCGUUUACACAUUGGGCUCUCCCCCGUGUGUGUGUGUUUUAGCAUACACAUCGCACAGCCAAUUGUAUAAUGAAGCAGUCUGUCCUUUGGACAGCUUUAUUCACCAUUAAAAGAGCAGUUUUAUUACUUGCAAA